AUGAGAACUAAGCAUUCCCGAGUGUCCAGCCAUAGUGACCGAUCGGACGACUAUAUAGCAGCACCUGAUACAGAGGCUCAUGAGGUUCAGUCACUUUUUAGCCCUGCUCGGAUACUUCGAGGUCGAUCAGUGACUCGGAACAAUAACAUCUCGAAUUGGACGUUCGAAGCAGGCUCAUCUUCAGUUGCAACUGUUUCAUGUCGCCUGCCCCCACCUUCUCCAAGACGUCGCAGUCCGGCCUCUGGCCGUGGUUCAUCUCGUAUGACCACAGUCUUACCGUCUUCGGGGACUCGGGCUUUGUGCGGGACGCGAAUCCCUCGACCAAUUCUUUCCGAUCAGAGCCCUCAACGUGGCGAUCGCCAGUGCCGGCAGCAGACACCAUUAGCAGAUACCGAACCGCAGCAAACUAGAUCUAAAGCUGAGGCUAUUCAUUGCCAAAGUGUUACCCUUCAUGCUAAGACCAGAAAUUCCGUGAGUAAACAGAAGCUUACUUCUAUUACAACUAAAUGCCAGCCAAUAAGCACCCCUGUUAGAGACCUCAUUUUUCUCACUUUUAUACAACCGUCCCAAACUAGACGUGAUCUCCAAGUAACUUUGUCAAAUGAUUAUUUCUCUAGUAACAAAUAUGUUCUUAAAGUUUAA